AUGCGUCAACAUAGUGAUGAUUAUGACUCGGAAGGGUCUGAAGAAUAUAGUGAUGAAGAAGUGUAUUCGCAAGGAGCUCAUGAAGAGGAGUUAUCUUCAAGUUCAGAAGGAACUGGUGGCAGUGAUUUACGCAUUUUUAACUUCGAUCGAAUACAAGAUCGAAGUCGAAGACGACCAGUCGUAGACCACGCGCUGGUGAUAUACCAGCUCAACCUUCAAGGAAACAAGCAUCAAAGCCAGGUAUAUACGCGUCAAACAUCAGCUCAAUCUUCAACGUUACCAGAUUCAGAUAUUGGUUUCUCACCAUCGAGGCAUGCGCCUCGGCAACUAGAAUUUGACAGUCGUGAGAAUCUAUUCGCGGAUAACAUUUCUACGCCUAGCGUGUCGCUUCUGAGAUCUAAUACGAUCACUCCGUACUUGUCGCCAGAGCAUAAUGACGCCCCUCCGGCUUUGUCCGUUCUGAGAUCUCAAAGUAGCACUCCCGACUUACCAAGCGAUAACGAUGAUGCCCCAUUACCUCAAAACUCACGCAAUAACUCACCUUCUCAUCACGGAACUAAUACCACCUGGAGCAGUAAUCCAAUUUCAAUGAAAACUAUUGACUUUACCAAGAAACAAGAACUCUUACGUGCCAUCAGAUCCUUACGAUGCAUUAUCAUUGAUGAUGAUUUAUUAGAUCUGAUUGUUCGAGAGACAAAUUCAAAUGCAGUUAGAGUGGGUGUUCAGAUAAUGUAA